GUUCCCUUCCCUUCUAUCCUUUCUUUGCUUUUCUCUCUCUCUCUCUCUCUCUCUCUGUGGUACCAAGUAUGUCAUCGGCUGUGGUUGCAGGUUCUUCCUCCUCUUGCACUGCCACCUUUACCAGGAACCACGCCAUCUCAGCUUCUUCAACAGCAGCCGCAAAACCAUUCAUACCAUCGAAAUGCCAGAAAUCCACCUUCCAAGGCCUCUCACUUCAAGAAGCCAAAAGGGGUGUCUCGGAUUCCUUCAUAUCUGAGAAUAGAAGCAGUUUCACCAAUGUAAGAAGAGGGCUUCAGAUCACAGCAAGAACUGCUGGGGCUUCAAAGACCAUUGAGGCUGAGGUUGACAAGCCACUGGGCCUCACUUUGGGCCAAAAGCCUGGAGGCGUUGUUACCAUAACUGCUGUAGAUGGGGGUGGAAAUGCAGCAAAAGCAGGACUAAAGGCAGGCGACCAGGUUCUUUACACUAGCAGUUUCUUUGGAGAUGAGCUAUGGCCGGCUGAUAAGCUGGGAUUUACAAAAACUGCCAUCCAAGCAAAGCCAGACUCUAUCUACUUCGUUGUUAGCAGAGGAGCUGAAGUAGAUGUUAAGCGACUACCAAAGCGUCCAGCUCCUCCUCGCUUUGGAAGGAAAUUAACCGAUACUCAAAAGGCUAGAGCUACUCACAUAUGCCUUGACUGUGGAUUCAUAUACUUUUUACAGAAACCUUUUGAUGAGCAGCCGGAUGCAUAUGUAUGCCCUCAAUGUAGAGCACCAAAAAAGAGGUUUGCACAGUAUGAUGCGAACACCGGAAAAGCUGUUGGUGGAGGGUUGCCUCCAAUUGGGGUCAUCAUUGGACUGGUGGCCGGUAUUGGUGGAGUUGGAGCCCUGCUUGUUUAUGGUCUUCAAUGAUUCUUCUUACUGACUUACUGUUGCAUUCAGAUUUAUGGAUCCUUUGUCCUUCUCUCCAAAUUAAUCUGCCUGGUUUACAUGACCUUAAA